CCACCGCCAUAGUCCAUACCUAUAUGUUGUAUACAGUCCAAUCGACAGAGUAGCCAGAGGGAUGUCCAGUUCGACUUUACGAGGGGAAUACGGCCUUCUCAAAACAGUACAGCAAGAGUCCCCUGGAAUCUCCAAUACCAACCAUAAGUCAACAAGCUGUGCUGUAUCUUGAGCAGUUCUUAGUCCGUGCCUUCCGCUAUUAGUGGUGCAUCGGACUGGAGCAUCGUUAUUCUGUUAUUUAUCAGUUAUUAUUGUUAUCCCGUCAACAAGUGAAAUCGACCGAGAUAUUUUUGCGAGCCGCAAAAAAAGUGCGCGAAAGCGAACGACAUGGGGAAGUCACGAACGGGAAAGACUGCGGUCGGAUGCACAAUAGUGGCCUUCAUUUUCAUAGUGAUCGCGUUCACCACACCCAACUGGCUUGAAACCGAUGGCAAAUUAGAAAAGCCAAGAUUUCUGAAAAUCGGAUUAUGGCAAGUAUGCUUCAAUGGAUUUCAAGAUAUUCGUCAUUUGUAUGACACCAGAUUUUAUGGUUGUUGGUGGGUGUUCGAAGAAGAAUACUACAUAAUACAUGACAUCCUGCUGCCAGAUUUCUUCGUGGCGACUCAAUUUUUCUUCACUUUAUGCAUGACGCUACUGUUGAUCGGUAGUUUCUUGACAGCAUUAUAUACUUGUUGCUCUAGACAGCAUGAUAAGUACCAGCUUCUCUUGUGGACAACUGGUGCAAAUUUGACAAUUGCCGCAAUAUGCGGUAUUAUAGCAAUAAUUAUAUUUGGAGCUAGAGGCGACGGUAGAGAUUGGAUGCCUAAUUGGGAACACAACGAUAUAAGUUGGUCUUUUGCACUGGCUGUAGUUGGUAGCUUCACACUUUUGGCUGCUGGUAUUCUUUUCUUGGUAGAGGCUCGAAGAUUCAAAAAGAAAAUUGAGCGGAUAAUAGGAGAAGAGCACAAAACUCACACUAAUAUUUAGGAGAGAUAAUUUACUUUAAGAGACUUUGUUCAUGAACAAUGAAAGCAGAAAGAACAACUAAUUUUAAUGAAGAUCUGAUAUUUUUAGAACCACUGUUUUUACGAAUGGUUUAGCUCAAAAUUUUAACUUAGAUUUAAAUUGAUAGACAUUAAUAUCAUUAAUUCGUCACAAGUAUUUUAUCGGUUGGUAAGCAGUAUACUCGAGAAACUGUGUUUUUGUCCAAUACUGUUUUAAAAUUAAAAAUAUACAUUUGUUGAAUGUAACUUAAUUGUAAGUAACGAAUCCGUCCAAAAAGGAAACAAACGUGUACAAAAGUGACUGAAACUCUUGUAAAUAUCGAUCCAUUAUAAAUGUAUUGAGAGAGAGAGAGACAGCAUGUAUUAAGUGCCUUUUAACUUUUAGUAUAUGGCUAGUUGACUCGUCCAGUAUUGUCUACGUUUACAAUGCAAACUCUGUAUCAAUUUUUUUUUUUUGUAUGAACGUUUAUAUAUAUUUUAAUAAAAUCGUUUAUUUAAUGCUGACAAA